GAGCCACAGUGCUCAAGAUUUACUUCCGUGUCACACAGCUAACAUGGCGGUGAGUCCGUAUGCUUUUCGUCUUCAAUCAAACAUCUUUUAACGAUUCCUUCAUGGCACAUUUUCGGAGAUAUCCUGAGACAUAUAUCAUUUAUUUCUUAAAUUACCUGAAAUACAAAAGAGCUAUAGAAAGUGCAUGCACUAAUUCACUCACUCGGCUAGCCAGUCGAAGCUAACUUCAGGCUAAGUCGGUGUUUUAGCGCUGCCGUCUUACAUGUGCCGAGAAUUUUACAAACAAUGUCCAUUUUCUCCAUCUAGGAUAAAGAAAAGAAGAAGAAAGAGAGCAUCUUCGAUCUGUCCAAGUACAUCGAUAAGCCGAUUCGUGUUAAGUUUCAAGGGGGACGAGAGGGUAGGUCGAUUUAUUGUGUUACUAAGCUAAGGCUAUUUUAGCGUCCGGACACUAUAAAGUACAUGAUUUCCUCAGAGACAUUAAACGCAUCAUGAGUUUGUCCUCUGUCCCUCUCACAGCGAGCGGGGUCCUGAAAGGGUUCGAUCCUCUGUUGAACCUGGUGUUAGAUGGUACGAUCGAGUACAUGCGGGGUAAGUCAAGUGUUUAUAAAUCUCCAUGUUUGCCAUAAAUGAAAUAAACAAAAAGAAACGAAUUAAAAAUGUUAAAUUAUGAUAGCUGGCGUUCAAAACAAUCACAGUAGGAUACAAGUUAAGCUAAAAAAACAGAAUAUGUUAAAAGAAGUUAGUUUACUUGGGUAAACGUUCAUAGACAGAUCAGGCACAACAUUCUAACACCUGGGCAACAACAUUUUUACCCUGUGAUAUUUGUUGGAAUUAAUUUUUGAACUUUAAAGUGUUGUGGGUGUAUUAAGGUGCUUUGAAAUGAAAUGUGUUACUCAUAGACUGUAUAUAGAAUGGACAGCGUCCGCCUUUUUGCUGGGUGAAGCCACCCCGAGAACAGCACCCUCUGUUGAUGGGCUGCAGUAUAGGUCAUAAAUCCCGCCUCUGCCAGCAAUUCUUAUGGAGCUGUGGACAAACUUUAGAAAUUUAUUACACAGAACAUACCCCCCCCCCCCCCCAUACUGUAAGACUGGUUUGUGCUCAAUACUGCGUCGAGGUUUUCAACCACAUAGUGCGAAAAAACGGGUAUAGUUGCUCGUUCUCCUCUUGAGCAAGCCUGGAGUGGAGAGACCCAUCCAGUAUGGCGGCAACACUGGAUUACGCUCCAAGACGUAAUGAGGCGUCUACAUAUAUAAUGUCUAUGGGGGAUACGCUGUUUGAGCCAAGCCUCAUCACAGCAACUCUCGGCGACUCUCCCGCCGAAUGCGCACAAUGCUACUGCGCAAUGUUGGUUUCAGGAAAUGGAGAAAAAGUGUGUAAUUACUGAGAGCUUUUUGGCUUCAAAUCCGUAUACAGGCGGGAGGUGGAACCAAGUUGUCCAUAGUCUAUGCAGUCUAUGGUGUUACUUAUAUUGUGCUCCCCUCAUGUUUGUUAAUGAAAUGGACAAAAUAAAAGAAACACUUUCUGAUACAACACAAUCCAGCUCACCUCUAACACCCACAAUGUCUACCUCGGCAAAGUCCAAUUUUCACCUGCCUGAUGAUGUCAACAAAAAUUGAAUCUUGGAGAAGAAAAUAUUUACAAGCAGAGCAUGUGAAAUUAUUUGGCAGCUGCAAUAAUUUAUUCAAACUAAAGAGUUAAAUAAAGAAGUUUGUAAUAUUUUUUUUUUGGUAUAGCAACAGGGAGCCAUUGAAAGAGGCAACAGAGGUUGCCGACCCCUUGUCUUAUCAAAUGAGGGUAAAACUUGCACACAAGCACUUAAUGGAAAAACUAUGUGGAAAGGAAAAAAAAAGGAAAAAAAGUUUACCUUAAUACUUGAAGCCAAUGGUAUCUGUUAUAGAAACACUUCGCAGUCCUAAGUGAAUUUAGUGGUUGUAUGACACUUCCUCUUUACCUCUAAAAUCAGGUGUCACUUAGUGAUCUAAACAUGACUGUUCAUUAAAGUUUGCUGCUUAUGGGCCAUAAAACCAGGUUUAGAUGAAGGGUUUAAUUUCUAAACUUCUUUUUUAUGUAUACAGGGUUUCAUAUGCAUAAUGUGCAGCGACAUCUAGUGGUUUUAAAAUAUACAUCAGCCUCCAUCUGCCAAGCAUAACCACACUUCGCUGAGUUGAACUGUUUUUGUCACAUAGGCCUAUGUGUAAAGCUACACAAGCCUGUGAGUUUUUUAUUCAUGCAUUGACAUGAUUAUUUGCUUUAAAGUUAUGUUUUUGUCCAAAUGUUUUCAAUACUGUAGUGUGAAGUUGCUGUGUAUAACAUUUUUAAGUCUUGAUGACGUACCUUGUUGGUUUAGUAACGUCCAGUUUUCAGAGUGACCUUACCUAGUAAGCUGUCUUAACUGCUAAUAAUCAAACAUUUUUAACGAGUGGCAGUUUAGUGUCUGGAGAAUAAUGAAAAGGGCUGCUCAAUGAACAUGCCUUAAAGUGACAGUAUACCAGGACAGCACAGGUCAGCAAUACUCUGUAAUAGUGGAUGCUGUACAAAGUUUGUUGUGAUUGACAAAGGUUAAUUUAAAUUUAUUUUGAGCCCUGCAGCACAGAAACCCACACUACUGCAUGUCCAUAACACUUAUAUUUGUCUGCCCAGAUCCAGAUGACCAACUGAAGCUGACAGAAGACACCCGGCAGCUUGGGCUGGUGGUCUGCAGAGGAACCUCCGUAGUGUUAAUCUGUCCUCAGGACGGCAUGGAGGCCAUACCUAACCCCUUCAUACAGCAGCAGGAUGGCUAACACUAUUGCACACACAUACACAAAUAUUUGUAGAGUCUUUUGUUGUUGUAAUUUUUUUAAACUUUACAGUUAUAGUGUGUACAAAGAGGCAAAUUUCAGUUGUUUAAAAUCAUAAGUUGGUCAGCAAAAGGACAUUGAAGCACUUCACUUUGGUUUCUGUUUGGUUUUAAAAGUUUGCAAAGAUUUGAGUUGUAAAGAUCCCACAAAGUUGGCAAGUGUUAACACGACCAUUUUCUUUUUAUCCUGAAUAAGUCCACUUUUUACUAUUCUUUGUUGUUUUUGAUAAGAAAAUAAAACAAUAAUGUGAGUUGAGUUUUGUU